CUCGGCCGCCAUACUGUGGGCUCGGCUCCGCGGCAGAGGGAGGCGCGGUGAGCUGCGCUGGGAGCGCCGCUGCCGGGACCUGUGAGAAGCCCGCGGCUGAGUCCGGAAGCCGCGCCAUGGAUUUGGUGAGCUUCGAGGAUGUGGCUGUGCACUUCACCCUGGAGGAGUGGGCUUUGCUGGACCCUUCCCAGAAGAGUCUGUACAGAGAUGUGAUGCAGGAGACCUGCAGGAACCUCGCUGCAGUAGGAUAUAUAUGGGAAGAACAGAAUGUUGAUGAUGACUGCAAAACUUUCGGAAGAAAUCAAAGGCAUAUCAUACCUCACUCUGAAUAUACACCGUUUGAGCAAGAGGAACGUAGGAACAAGCUGUACGAUUCCAGUUCUCUUGCAGGUAGUCAGGGACUCCUGGGUGCUCACACUGUGAAUGGACCUUGUGAAUGUGAGGUAUGUUUAAAAUCCUUUGGUCUUCCGAGUACCUUUGGAGCAUAUCACCAAACUCACAAUGGACAAAACUUCUAUGACUACAAGGACUGUGGAAAGGCUUCUGUUUAUCAUAGUUCACUUUUCACACAUGGAGGAACUCACACUGUAAGAAAAUGUUAUGAGUGUAACCAGUGUGGUAAAGUUCUGAGUUCUUCCAGUUCCCUUCAAAGGCACGAGAGAAUUCACACAGGAGAAAGACCCUAUAAAUGUAACCAGUGCGGCAAAGCUCUGAGUUCUUCUACUUCCCUUCAAAGACACGAGAGAAUUCACACAGGAGAAAGACCGUAUAAGUGUAACCAGUGCGGUAAGGCCUUUAGAUGCCACAGUGCCCUUCAGUUACAUGAAAGAAUUCACACUGGAGAGAAGCCCUAUGAGUGUCAGCAGUGUGGGAAGGCCUUCACCUGCCACAGUUACCUUCGGUUACACGAGAGGACUCAUACUGGAGAGAAACCCUAUGAGUGUAAGCAGUGCGGGAAAGCCUUCAGAUGUCAGACUUCCUAUCACAGGCAUAAGAUUAUCCACGGUGGAGAGACAUUCUAUGAGUGUAAACAGUGUAGCAGGCUCUUCAUUUACCCCUCUUUACUCCAGAUGCAUGAAAGAACUCACACGAGCGACAGGCCGUACAAAUGCAAAGAGUGCGGUAAGUCAUUCCUCUAUCCCUCCUUACUCCAAAUGCACGAAAGAACUCACACUGGCGAAAAGCCUUAUGAGUGUAAGCAGUGCGGUACAGCUUUUAGACAUCACUCCUCCCUUCGACUGCAUGAAAGAACUCAUACAGGAGAGAAGCCUUAUGAAUGUCAGCAGUGUGGGAAGGCCUUUACUCGUCACACUUCCCUUCGGUUGCAUGAAAUUACUCACACUGGAGAGAAACCAUAUAAAUGUAAGGAAUGUGGGAAAGCCUUUAGACAUCACUCUUCCCUUCGAUUGCAUGGAAGGAUUCAUAGUGGAGAGAGACCCUAUGAAUGUAAACAAUGUGAUAAAGCCUUUAUACGUUACAGUUACCUUCGAUUACAUGAAAGAACACACACAGGAGAAAAACCUUAUGAAUGCAAACAAUGUGGGAAAGCCUUCAGCCGUCACAGUUCCUUUCAGAGACAUAAAUCUAUUCAUGCUGUGGAAACCCCCUAUGAAUGUCAGCAGUAUCUAAUUCCUUUAUCUCUGUUUCCUCCAAAUACAUCAGACACCUCAUACUGGUGAAAAAUGAGUAUGAACACACCAUGAAUAUGAACAGUGUCUUUAAGUGUUUAUCCUUAUCCACUUAAAACGCAUGUACGAACCGGAGAUGUCAUGUGAUAAAGCCUUAUUCACAUAAAUGAUAUGAUUUAGACUUCCGAGGAAUGAAGGAAUUCAUGCUGGGCACAAUUUCUACAAUUAUGUGGUAAGUCCUUUACUGGCCACUCUUGCUUUCCCAGAAACAGAUUAACCAUGCUGGGGAAAUGCCUUAUGAAUGGAAACAGUAUGCUCGUUCUUUUAUUCAUAUUUGCUUCAAACACAUGAAAAACUUAAGAUACAAAAUGCUGUGAAUGUCAGUAGUGUGCUGAAGCCUUCAGGAGCUGCAAGGUCCUUUUGAUACCAUGAAAGACAUCUUACUGGAGGGAAACAAACCCAUGAUGUUUAGAUGUCAUCGCUCCCACAGAGUCCAUGAAUGAACCCCUCCUGGAAACAAUGCCUGUGGGUGGAGACAAAGCUGACACCUUCAAGCUCAUAGCUCCUUUCAGAGACGUACAACGAUUGAUGGUGAGACAAAGCCUUACACAUAGAAAGAAUAUGGUGAGUUUCUGGAUGCCAGGAGAUGGACAGACAUUUUUGUCAGUAGUGUAGCUACUUGUGAGUUGGCUGUGUUCAAUAAGCUCAAUUAAAGUCAUUGGUUCCCCAGGCUGCACUUCGGUGGAAUCAUUUCUUUGCUUCUAGCCUUGGUGCCCUAUCUAGGGUGAAUAGACAUUUGUUCACAGAAAAUGUUCACACAGCACUUGACGUCUGAAUGUGGGGCACAAUGGAACCAAAGACAAGUUUGAGAGGAGCACUUGUCAUGCCUCUGCUGUGGGUGAUGAGACGCGCCACUGAAGGGAAGCUCUCUGUGGCUGAGCGUCUGCAGAGUUAGUUCUGAAACAGCUGUCCUCUCCAGUGGGCCAUGGGACGCUGCCUUCUUGUUGAGGUUCCAGUCAUAUUGUACUGCGCGACUCCUGUGGAGUAUGGAGUGGCUCAUUUCUGUGACAAAUGAAGUUUGCCACAUGAAUGUGUGGAUACAGCCUCAUACAGCUGUCGUGUUAAGAGUAUAUUGCAGUUCCUGUAAGUAGCACAGAUGGAAAGGAUUAAGUAGGCAUCAGCUGCAUCUGUGGCCAGUAAGGCUUACCUGUCUGCUAACAUGAACUUCCCUCUAAUGGAGGAAUUACGUUGAGGAAAAGAUGUGCAGACGCUGCCCACCGUAUUGACCUCUGAACUGGAUCCCUCUGGGAUCCUAAGACUUGAAGCCCGUGUAAAGUCGUGAACAGUGAGGAUGCUUUACCGGGAGGGUGUGAAGUAGCGGUGAUACAACUUACCCCUUCGGCUGGCUUUUAAUACACAGGAGUAGGAAAUCAGUGGUACAGCAUGUAAAUGGAGGCCUGCAUAGUAGCCCAGGAAAGGAAGCUGUUAUGGUCAGCAAAGAUUCUGCCUCUGGAGGGCAGGAAAGCUUAAGGAAAACAUCAGUGAAGGAAGAUAUGAUAAAGCAGUGCAGCUGAAAAAGUCUGAGCUUUCCCGAGUUGUUUCCCCCAGAAUAAGUUGUGUACUCUCCUACAGGAAAGGAUGCUUGUGUGUAAAUUGCUUGUUCAGCCCAGGGACCUCUCAGCAGCCAGGGGCAUCCACUGAAGAGGCAGCAGUGUGCUGCAGCGUGGGUCCAGAGGCUGUCAGACCCCCAGAGCCCAUGGGGCUGUAGCAGGUGAGCAUGUCUAGCUUUCCCCUUGGCCCCCUGUGCCAAUUAGAGAGCAAGAGUCAGUUCCUUCCUCACCAGGCCUGUCGAAGGUUAAGUGACACAAUUAGACCCAUGGCUACGCUCAGGAUGAGGGUGCAGGAUGGCUCAUGAAGAAUGACUAGAUGGUCGAGGGUGAUCUAAACCUCCCAUCUACACCACUGUAUCCAAUAUUGAUUUUAAUUUAUUCUUUGUUUUCUUAUGGCAAGUUCUUAUGUAGCCCUGUCUGGUCUUAAACUCACUAUGUAUAACUGAGGAUGAGCUUGGAAGUGCUGAACCUCCUGCCUCAUGUUCUCAAACACUGGGGUUGUAUGCAUGGGCCACCCCGUCUGCUCUCCUGUGCUUUGAAAUAAACCCAGGCUUCGGCAUCCCCUCUCAGCCGUGCUUGCUCUCAGGUCAACACUGAGAAAACACUUGGUACGAGUAACAGUCUUCUCAUGCUGUUGGAUUUUGUUAAUAUUUUAUUUAUUACCCCCUUAGCUGCUGAUUCCCAAAUUCAGAUUGGCACUUGUUUGGGAUUGUGGGUUAUGGGUUUUCGGUGAUCCUGAGAUCCCUUUGUGCAAAGGUUUCUCCUCAUGCUGACAUAAUGCUAGCCUGUGAGUGUUCCACAGAUACAGAAAAGUAUCCAUGUGAGCCGAGUGGCUGACGACCAGAAAGGAGGUACACGUGUACAGGGUAGGCACAUGUGACAUUCUUGUCAUACAGAUGACACAAGGUGAAUGAGGGAAAUCCUUUAUAGCCUAUGGCUAGCAUUAAACAUCAAAAAAUGAGCUGAAGAGCUUGAAUGAAGGCGCCUAGUAUGCAUGGGAAAGAUACUUUCAGAAGAUAGUGUAUUUUGUGAAAAAGUAGUCAAGGAUGGACCACUUCUCCACGAGGUGUUAGCCACAGAUGCCCCUGAAGUCCCUCAAAGAGUAUAGGCUAUUGCCAAUGCUAUGAGGUGUCCCCAGAAAUAGGUAAAAGGCUUCCUGAAGACACCACAUGCUUUGGUUGCUGACUGGAGAAAAACAAACUGAGACUGAGCUGGAAACUUGCUCCUCGCUGGCCGGCAUUCAUAGGACCUGUAGGUUCAGGCUGCUGUGCAGUGCUGCAUCUAGACCUGGCAUGUUACUAAAAUGUCAGGCAAGAUGGGCCCCUAGGGCUGGGGAGAUGGCUCAGCUGUUGAGGGUGCUUGCUGCCCAGGCUGGCGACUAGAUCUUGAACCUACAUGACGGAAGAGAACCAAAUCCUGCAAGUUGUCUUCUGCUCUCCUAUUCAUGCUGUGGCAUGCCCCUAACCUCCACAGUGUGUAGGUAAAUGUAAUAAGAUCUAGUAGUAUCGUAGCUUGACUAAAUGACAGUGACCAGCUGCUUCCUGGUUGGAUUUAAGGCUUACUCUGCAGGGCUCAGUUCACACGUGUAAGAGCCAUUCACAACCCAGGACUAGACAGGCCCUAGUGUUUUGCUACAUGGAUAUAUUUUUGUGAGAUGGCUCUCAAGUUCAGAGUUUAUGCCUAUAGAUUAUUGUUUCAGUCAUUUUUGGACAGAGAAUCUUCUUUUUGCUGUAGGUAGUAGUUACUUAUGAAAUUUAUCACUCCCUCAUAUGCUUGGCACAUUCUAGAAAGGGGAGUGGCAUGCACCAGAGGAAGAAAUGGCAUGUUUUGGAAUGCCAUUGCCAAUCUUUUUGAAAUCUCAGUCCUUUAGUGUCAGUGUGGAGACAUGGGCAUGGAGCCUUGCCCCCUCCCCUGACCAUUUACUGGCAGUUAAUAUUCACUACAAGGAGUGAACAUGAGACCUCUGCCUCUCCCUGAAUAUCUUUUUGUUUCGGUUUUUUUGAGAUGGAAUCUUACUACAUAGUGCUCACUAACCAAGCUGGACUCACAGAGCUCCACCUGCCUCUGCCUCCUGAGUGCUGAGAUUAAAGGCUGCACCACCGUGCCCAGGCUAUAUCCCUGAAUAUCUUUAGGCAGUUAAUGGUACUUAGACAGGAUGGUCUCACAGGGCCUCUUCAUCCUCUGCAUGUAAAGGCAGGUGAUUGUUGCCGGUAGAGGGAGAAAUAUUUUCUUCAGUGGAUUACCCAACCACAAGUUUCCAUGUUCUUGUAAGUAACCCUAAUUAAAAUAAUUGCUUCCUUGUGCUGUGCUGGUGUCAGAUCUUUUCCUUGUGUCGAGUGUGGUGCCCUUGUCUGAAAUGACCCCAGAAAGAGUUCACACAGCUGCAUUGUAGUAUGCAUUACACUGACAAACUGUCAUGUUGCUUACGUUUGUUGAGAGCAGACACUGGGAGGGAGCAUACCCUCCCUUUUUAAAGACUCAAACAUGUUUGUCUCAAGUUUUCUCCAUUACUUCCUAUCCUGGUAGGCUAGCCUUUGACAGGGAGAAAAUUGCUCAGCAGUAGCUCUGGGUAUUAAAAAGCAUGGUAGCAGCCAGGUGCUGUGGCGCACGGUUGUAGUCCCAGCACUCAGGGAGGCAGAGGCAGGCAAAUCUCUGUGAGUACCAGGCCAGCCUGGUCUAUAAGACAAGUCUAGGACAGCCAAGGCUACAGAGAGAAACCCUGUCUCAGGAAAAUCAAACAAACAAACAAAAACCCCAACCAACCAAAAAAAAAAAAAAAAAAGCAUGCAUCAUAGCAUCUUUGUGAACCAAAAGAAGGUGAAUUAUUUCAAGAUUACAGUAGAAACAAAAAGCCAGUCCCUGGUGGCCUCAACAAUGGUUCCCAGUGUGUUUCUGCUGGAUUUUCUUUUUCUUGUUUUUUUUUUUUUUUAUUUUAUUUUAUUUUUUUAAUUUUUAUUUUCUUUCUGUGGUUUUUUGAGACAGGGUUUCCCUGUGUAGCAUUGGCUGUCCUGGAUUCGUAGACUAGGACAGCCUCGAACUCAUGGAGAUCCACUUGCCUCAGCUUCCCAUUGUGCUGGGAUUACAGGCGUGCACCACCACACCUGACUUCUGCUGGAUUUUUUAAGCCUCAGUUGUCUUCCUUUCCUUUUCCUUUUCCUUUUCCUUUUCCUUUCCUUUCCUUUUCCUCCCUUCCUUCCUCCCUCCUUCCUCUCUCCCUCCCUUCCUCCCUUCCUUCCUCCCUCCCUUCCUCCCUUCCUCCUUCCCUUCCUUCCCUCCCUCUCUCCCUCCCUUCCUCCCUUUCUUGACAGAGUUUCUCUGCAUAGCCCUGGCUGUCCUAGAACUUACUAUUUAGACCAGGCUGGCCUCAAACUCCCAGAAAUCCACCUUCCUCUGCCUCCUAAGUGCUGGGAUUAAAGGUGUUUGCCACCAUACCUUGCUUUUCUUUCUUUUUUUAAAUUUUAUACAGUUAGUUGUUUUGCCUCUAUGUAGGUCUGUGUACCACAUGUGUGCCUGGUGCCCAGAGAAGCUAGAAAAGGGUAUUUGAUUCCCUGGGACUGGAGUUACAUAGAGUUGUCAGCUGCCAUUAUGUGCUGGGAGUCAAGCACAGGUGCUGUGGAAGAGCCACCAGUUGCCCUCAGCAACUGAACCAUCUCUCCAGCCCAGCCUACCGCCACCCAUGACUUGCUUCUUAGUCAGGAAGCUGCUCCAGCUUUCUGCUGGAUGUUGUCAGUGUCUCAGCUGUUUUACUAUCUACCUGCCACUUCUGCCUGCUGCUAACUACUCUUGUGUAUUUGAGAUGACAUCCUACCAUGCUGCAUGGCUCCGGCUGGCACAGAAUUCACGAUGUAUAUCAUCCUAGCCUGGAACUAGGUGCCUGGCUUCUUUUACCUUUUAGUAAAUCUUAAUUUUGUGUGGGUGUGUUUGCGUAUAUGUACAUACCUCAAUGUUUAGAGGUCAUGUGGGUCUGGGGACCAAACUCAGGCCAUCAGUAUUGAGGGCAGGUUCUGUGCCAUGUUACCGUCCCUAUUGUUUUAAUGUUCUUACUGUUUACUUAAUAAAUGAACUCCUUGGAAAGUA